CCAGAAUAUUACUUACGUGGUGAAUCAAAUCAUGAUAAAAAGGCCUAAGCUGUUGAUACUUAACUACAGUAAAAAAUGAAAUCAUUUCCAUAUUUUCAAUAAGCUGAAUGUGCAAGUUACGUUUGAUUGCGUCAGAGAAAGUAGAAUUUGGUUUCAAACGUUAUUGAGUAGUAAAUUAUUGUUCCGGCCAAAACCGGACCAGCCGGACCGCUUCCGACGCCCUUGAUAUAUUAUUUUCCACGCGGACCCUACUACUUUACAAUCUGAGUGCUGACUAACCCGUACACAAAUCAAACCGUACCGGAACCAGUCAAUUCGAGCAGAUACCACUUCGAGUGUUCGCAUAAGAUCCACUUAUGCGAACAAGGUGUGCAAGUUAUGUACAAAUUUCCUAUUUUGUUUUGAGCUACUGUAACAAUUUCAUAGUUGGUUACUCUCUUCUGAUUUAAGUUUGUUGUUACUGUACUGUACUGCUAGGGUACCAUCCUUUUUUUUUGGGCUGAAACGUGGUUAAACAUCAAGGUGUCAAUCCGUGCUUGAAAGUGGGAUGGAGGCGAACGGGAUUCGGCUGAGGCUCAAGCUUUGCCUAGGGAAGAGGCCCGUUGAGUUCCAGGGGGGUCUCAAGGGUGCAAGCUCCUCCAAAAAUUACUUAGGUGAAAAUUGAUGUCAUUACUCUACUGUUUAUAGUCUUGUCACACUACUACUCCAAUGAUUUGUGCACCUUCUGAAACUAAAUUAUAUAAAUAUAAUUUAAAUGUCUAUGGUGAAUAACAAUUACAAUUACAGUUACUCCCAUUUGCAAAUAUAAUUAUCGUAAUUUACAAAUACAGUUACAACACUAUAUAAUUCAAUUACAAAUAUAAUUUGCUUUUUUAAAUACAAAACCCCAACUGGAUACAAAAACGGUGAAUUCAGAAUGAAACGUGAGCAAUUCAAUAGUUUUGAAAUAUACGUGCUUGUUAGCGGUGAUCUGGUAGUCGUAAAGCCCAAUUUAAACUUGGAAUAAUUAUCAAAAGUGCCAAAAACAUUUCAGAACUUUAGUGCACAGAGCAUUUUUGCAUUUAAAACAUACAAAAGUAUAAUUUUGCUCUAAAAAUACAAGAAUGAAGGUGACGAACAACGAUGAAAUCAUUCCUUUUGGAUAAAUUUACCCUUGUUAUAGUUCGCACUAAAUGCAUCUGCUUGAACUGGCAUCCGAUCAAAAAUGCAUCUGCUUGAACUGGCAUCCGAUCAAACUGGCAUACGCUCGAACUGGCAUACGCUCAAAAUAGCAUUUGCUCGAACUAGCAUAUGCUCGAAUUUAAUGGUAUUCCCCGUACCCAUGUAAACCCAUACCCAAAUUUUGGCAGACCUGUAUCCAUCUUUGGCUAACCCGUACCCACGUCAUUUGGCAAACUGGUACCCAAAAAAUGGGGAGCUCGUAACUGGCCAAUGUUAUGAUAAAUGUUUAAAUACAGACCUGUAUUGUAUUUAUUUUUAAUAUCGCUCGUAAUCUAAUAAUGUACAGUAUGUAUGUACCGUAUUGUUGGGUUAUCUUUUAUGGUAUUUUACUUACCACUCAUUCUGCCUCCUGGCAUGUAAAUUUUAGCCUGAUUUAUAUUUUGUUUAUUUGUUUACCUAUCAUUAUUAUUAUUAAUAAUAGAAGUUGGACAUGUGUGAUUGAAUUUGAAACCAAAAAUGAUCAUAAUAAAAUAACUUUGCAUGUUGCAAUUUAUUUUAUUUUAUAGUCAGUCUAACGGGCCUAGGCCUAGUAUUAGGUGUAGGGUCGUUUUGGCUUUGAGUCAAGGGAAGCAUUUAUUUUUGUUGGUGUAAAAUGGAUACAAAACGACCCCUAAUUUCACUGUAAAUGUGGAACUACAAUGCAUAAUUACCAUCAGAAUGUUUUUCGUGAUCCAUGAAGAUUUAUUGAUCCCAACCAGGUUAGAAAAAAAAAAAUUCAUCUGAUACUGUGCAUAACUUCUAUUAAUAGAGUUUACUCUCAUAACUCUGUUGGUAUGCAUCAAUCCUCGCAGAUGUGUUAACAUACAGUAGUAGAACAUUAAUAAAAUGUGUUGAGUAUGAUGUUGCUUCCAUUAAAUUCAUCAUUUAAGGGGGUUUAUUUGAGGAAAAGAAAUAAAGCCUGUGGCCAAUUAUUGCACAAUAAGCCUCAUAUCACAUGCUAGUAAGAUUCUGCUUAAGAUCAUCAUCAGCAGAAUUAAAAGGAAAUACCAAAUGGAAAUGGCAGAACAACAAUCUGGCUUUGUGGAAGGAAAAGGAACACGAGAACAGCUCAGUAACAUGAUGAACAUUAUUGAAGUGUCGUGGGCACAACAUACCUCUAUAUGUUUGCUUCAUAGAUUAUGCAAAGGCAUUCGACUGCGUUAGUCACCAUCAGUUGUGGAUUGCACUGAAGAAGAUGGGGUUUCCUGAACACAUUAUCGAGCUUGCCCGGCAUUUAUAUGACGAUCAAGAGUCUCCUGUAAGAACAGCAGAUGGAUUAACAGAAUGGUUCAAGAUCGGAAGAGGAGUAAGACAAGGUUGUAUCAUGUCUCCAGUUCUGUAUAACAUCUAUGCUGAGGCCAUAAUGCACAAAGCAUUGGAAGGAUAUUGUGGAGGGAUUUCUAUCGGAGGCAUUGAGGUAUCAAAUUUGAGGUUUGCUGAUGACACCACUCUAAUCCAAAGAGGAGCUGAUGGAUCUUCUCAAACGUGUAAAAACCUGACCUGGUCCAAAAUCGACCCGGAUUUGGCCUACUAGGCCUAGGAUAUAUGUAAAACCGAUGUCCACAUCCAAAAGUAUUUUGUUUGUGCAGAGGAUACCUUGAAAACUAACUUACAAGUUUGGAUAAAAUUUAAAAACAAUAAAGUUGUCAUGUCUAAUAUUGUUAAUACUAUUUAUAAUUUUUUGGCUAAUUUGUUUCAGAAAAUAUAGAGAAAAAAAUGUACAAUAAUUGAAAUUACAGAUUCAAUCAUGACAGUUUCUGGCUUCAAUGUACAAAAAAGCCUACUUACUUAACACAUUGACUGUGUAAUAGAAAAAUGUUGGUGAUACAAUUAAUUUCUUCCCUAGACUAAUUUAGGUUAAAAAUAAAAUUAUAAUUGGAUAUUGUGUGUAAACAAAUUUAUUGAAGGUAUAGAUUAUACUGGUAAAAAUAAAUUAAAGGAUAAAAAAAACCAAUUUUCAGCUGUGUUUUUGGUAACUGUUGACUUACCGUAUGUUGUCUAAAAAUAAUUGUAGUGAUGCCCUUAGUUACACUUUGUAAUUAGAGUACACCUUGCCAAUGGCUAAAUAAUUUUAUUCAAAAUUUAGCCAAAUAUAUAAUAGAUUAAAGGCUCAUUGGUUUUUGUGUCUACUGCCCCCAACAGGGGCAUAGAUACUAUGUCAUGAUGUAGCAAUUAAAGAUGGCGGAAAGGGUAAGUCCGGUUUAGGUAUGAUGGGUACUACUACCACGAGGUAGGGGGCUCUCUAUUGACAAUUGAAUAACAUUCACAACUUUAACAAAAUUGGGUUCGAAACUCAAACAUGCAUUAUAGAGACGCAGCAUGCGUUCGCCACGAACGCCUUUUACCGUCAUUUGAAGGACGCCCUCCAGAACAUGGUAGUACUCUUCGUGAUUAACGACAUACUGUAAGGUGGUAACUCCCAAAGUUACUCAUUUUUAAAGUGUUUUUAGUGUAGGCCUAUACAGAAUAUUGUUAUGAAAAAAAAUGUUCAUGAAAAAUCCAGAUACACUACAAUAAUACACACAUCUGCAUAUUGAAGAACAUAAGAUAAGGCAGUAGACACAUGCUCCCGCUGGGAGCCUAUUUUUGAUUUUGCUGAUCCAAUUUCUGUUACAGGGACGAGGAUUAUUUGCUUCACAUCAUCUCAGCAGAGGCAGUGUUUUAUUUAAAGAGGCUCCACUAGUUUCAUCUCAAUUUCUUUGGAAUGAAUUUUACAAGUAUAAGGCAUGUGAAUUUUGCAUGAAGGCUUUGGAGACAGCCGAGGUGAAUGCUAAGCGUUUGUCUGGGAAUCCAUCACUUGUACUACCACACCCAGAAUGCUGUGAAGUCAAUCCACACAACCACGUUGAAUGUCCACAGUGCCUGGUAGCGUACUGCAGUAAAGAAUGCAGAACACAGGCAUGGGAACAGUACCACCAGGUACUGUGUGUCAGCCAGCAUCCUCCAGACCCUGAACAUCCUUUAGUGAUGCUACAAGAAAUAUGGAGGAAUAUGCAUUUUCCCCCAGAAACAACUAGUAUUAUGCUCCUUGCUAAGAUGAUUGCUAGUAUAAAACAGGCAAAAGACAAAGAAAAAGUAAUAAAAAAAUUUAAUAAUUUCUGCCGAGCCACAGUCAAUGAAGAGAGAGAAUUAGUGCAUAAAUUAAUGGGUCAACGUUUCCAAGACCAGUUCGACACGUUACUAGGUGUCUUCACAUCAGCUUUGCAGGAAGACACUGUGGCUCAGUGGUUUACACCAGAAGGCAUUCGAUCCUUGUUUGCUCUAGUAGGAACCAACGGACAAGGAGUGGGUACUAGUUCACUGAGUGUUUAUGUGAGGAACUGUGACAACCUGACACUUGAAGAAGAUGAAGCACAAGCACUGGAUAGUUAUAUUGAUCAACUGUAUGUUGAUAUUGAGAAAGAAUCUGGUACAUUUUUGAAUUGUGAGGGAUCAGCCCUUUACUCUCUCCAGAGUUGUUGUAAUCAUAGCUGUGAUCCAAAUGCUGAGGUACAGUUUCUGGAGAAUAAUUCAGUGUUGAGUUUAGUUGCCCUCAAAGAUAUUUCAGAGGGCGAGGAAAUUACCAUAUGCUAUCUUGAUGAAUGUUCAAGGCAAAGGAGUCGACAUUCAAGACAGAACAUCCUAAAAUCAAACUAUCUGUUCGUUUGUGAUUGCUCUAAGUGCCAACAACAAUGUGAUGACCCAGAUCAGACAAGUAGUGAAGAGGAAGAAUCAUUGAUGGACGAAGAAGUCGGAUUGAGUUAUUGACAUCGUUUACAACCCAUCAAACUUAGGGCAAAUCACCCUGAAAAAAUCUUUAAAAUUAAUAAAUGUGAUUAUUAUGAUCAGGUUGCCUGCUUUUAGUCACUACUAUGAGUAUAUUGUUUCCUUACAUUUUUAACCCUAACUCACCAAAAAUUGUUUAAAACUUUAUUUGAUAAGGAGUUUUGUUAACACCUUGGUUAUUCUGUACCAUCUUUAGAUUCAGAAUAACUUUUUUUGGAAAUUGAAAGUGUACAUUUAUGUCACACCAAAAAUUAUCAUCAAAUUACCCAAGCCCUUUAGUUAGAUGGUUUACUUCUCGACAGAAAAUUUUAAACAAUCCGACUAUGGAGCGGCUAUAAUGCAAUCACACAGGUCCACUGUUUUCAGCCUUUUCCGAUACUUUAACUUGAGAUAUGAACCACAUAUUUGAUCGCGUUUAAGACGAUUUUUUGUAUGCCGGGCGUAUUUUAGUAGUAAAUUUGCCUGUUACGGAUGAUCCGAACUUAAUUUUAAAAAAUGUGUAUAAUGCUGAUGUCUUUUAUAAAAAAAACAUUAUGAAUGGCUCCAGGAAUUUAUUCGCACGGUUAAUGUCAAUCCUUAAGAGUUGGUAGCGAUUUUGUGGAAACCCAGCUUUACUCGCAUGCAUCAGGUUUCGGUUGUUAGCAUUCUUCUGAUCGAUUAAAUAGUUUUACAUAAAAACAUGUCCUCGCAAACUUUUUGAAAAUAAGAAUAUCCACAACAUUUAUAGCUAGGAAUAUAAAAAGUAUAGUAUUUAUUCAAUUCACAAAAUAGAAGCUAAGCCCCAUUAUCACAUCAUGAUUUAGGAAAGUAGAUAAAUUCAAAUAUAUAUAUAUAACUGCUUUUGAAAGAAGGGGAAAAAAUUAUUUAGAAAAACACUUCUACCAAAUGCAUCUAGACAAAAGAAAACUACUGUAAUGUAUAAAAUGUAUUUCUGUGGAUAAAAUAAUUACAUAUUUCUAUUAGGAUAUUUCAUAUCAACAACAAUGUGUGUGGUUACAGGCCGUAAGCAAAACAUGGUGUGCAUAAAAAUCUAAAUAUAUUUUUUUCUAAAGAAGCAAUGAUUGUAUACCAUUACUGUGACACAAGCAUGUACUUAUAUUUAAAAGUUUUUCAAUAAGCAAUGACAAUAAACUAAAUCUUUGAACAAAAAUUCUAAAUUUCCUUAUUCACAUAUAUAACAUUUUUGUCUGAAUACUUUCAUUGUUUGACUCUUGACCUAAAAUGGGUAUGUCAACAAAUAUUAGGCGCAAGCAUUACAAUAAUCAACCUAGUUCUCAAUUUUGGUGUCGCAGAUGAUCGCAUUGUGAGGAUACUUCUGUGAACUUGCUCCAAAAUGACAGAGAAAAUGGAUUUGUUAGUAGACAUGCUGUGGAAACGCAUUUUUAAUUUGCAGGUGGUAAUCACCUGGAUGCAAUUUUCCCAAAGUGCUGCAGCACAUCCAGGCCAAACUUGGAAUGCUGCAGUAAUUAAUUAUGAAUAUGGCCCAUAUUUCUCGACUGUGAUGCGAUUCAGAGUGGUUCAUGUGACAUUAUAGAUUUCACUAGGUGUUUCCCAGAGUCACUUUGCACUGACAACAGCUUCCUACAGCCAUAAACAAAUAACCACAUUGCUUUUCCUUUUUCUCUUCUGUAUCUUAUCUUCGGAAGCAGUUUGGUUUGCCAACCUCAAAGUUGGGAUUUCAAUUCUACCCUCAGGCUGUGCACUUCGCUUAUGUCCUUGAGCAAGGCACUUUAUCUGCAUUGCUUUUCCCCACCUACAAGUAUAAAUGGGUACCUCUUACGGUUGUCUGCUACUGUGUCAAUAUGGCAGCAACACUUAACCUAAAGGAUAUAUAAAUACUUAAUCGUUUCCAUUAAAAUUGUCCCAUACACAACUAAAUACUACAUCUGCCAUUAUGCACUGCUGCACAAGCUCACCCAAUUUCCACUGCCUCUGGGUAGGUCACAGAAUAGAUUAACCAUGUUCAAUAGCUCCAAAUGAUGAUACAAAACAAUCAAAACUACCCUUACAGAGGCUGAGAGUAAUAUCAAGAAUACACAUUAAUGAUGCACAAUGGAUUAAUGAUAGAUAAAAAGGUUUGGACACUAGUCAGGCU